AUGACUUCCUCAGACAACUUCGUACAACCAGCUAUUCUGCGCUUCGAUGGUCACUAUGAUAAUUGGAGCAUGCUCAUGGAGAACUACUUGAGGUCCAAGGACUAUUGGAAUGUUGUUGAAUCUGGAGUAGCAGAACCAGCAACAGGAGCUACAGAAGCUCAGAAAAUAAAAUUUGAAGUCUUAAAAUUGAAAGAUCUUAAGGCUAAUAAUUAUCUGUUUCAAACUAUCGAUUGUUCCAUUUUGGAGACUAUUCUUUGCAAAGAAACCUCCAAGAAAAUUUGGGACUCCAUGAAGAAGAAGUAUCAAGUCAAUGUGAAGGCAAAAAGGUCACGAGAGGCAAUUGCAGAUUUCUUUUCAAGAACUAUGGCAAUUUCAAGCAAUAUGAGAAUCCAUGGAGAGCAAAUGCAGGAUGUCACCAUUGUUGAGAAAAUCCUUCGAUCAAUGACACCGAAAUUUAAUUUUGUUGUCUGCUCUAUCGAAGAUUCGAAAGCUAUUGAUGAACUCUCCAUUGAUGAAUUGCAAUGUUCUUUGUUAGUUCAUGAGCAGAAAAUAAUCCAACACGACAAAGAAGCGCACGCGUUGAAAGCAACCACAGAUAAUCCUUCUAAAACAAGUGGAGGUCAAGAUAGAGGCCGAGGUCGGAGUAGGGGGAGAGGAAGCUAUAGUCGAGAAUUUCGAACAAAUUUAAAUAGACAGAGUGCAGAAGUAUCUAACUUUGCAGAGAAGGAAGAAGAAGUUUCUCUCUUGAUGGUGUGUUAUGCAAGUGAAGAAACUCGACAAAAUCUGUGGUAUUUGGACACCCGGUGUAGCAACCACAUGUGCGGAGACAAGAAGGCAUUUUCUGAAUUGGAUGAAAGCUUCCGGAAUACCGUCAAGUUCGGUGAUAACUCUGUUGUAUCUGUCAUAGGAAAAUGCAAUGUCACUUUACAUGACAAGACAACUCUUUUCAUGUAA